UUUAUGCUUAUUUAUCUAUGAAUGCGGAUUCACACUAGGAGCCAAUGGUUAACGUCAAUGUCAAAUUGACGAAGUGAACUAAUCUAUUGUCCCAUGUGCAUGUACCACUAAACAAUAUAAUGUGUGCAUGUACCUAGGGAAUAUUCCUAUUCCUAUAAUGUUUAAGGACGAUCAAGUACUUUGUGGUUAUAUUGUUUAAGGUGAAAAUUUUAUUUAUACCAGACAUUACUCAUGGAGAAAAUAUGUAACAUUAAAUUCGGGCCUUUGCCGGAAGAUUCACCGUAUGUCAAACCUGUUAGAUUUUACUAUAAGCAAAAUGGAGUGGAAAAUUGGGAUUUAUUGAAAGUUCAUGAUUCCGUUGCUGUUCUCAUUCACAAUGUGACAAGAAAUUGCCUUGUAGUUGUAAGACAAUUUAGACCAGCUGUGUAUUACAAUUGCAUACCAGAUGAAGAUAGAAAAGGAGUAGUAAUAGAUACCACCAAAUAUCCUGCUGAAUUAGGCAUUACUCUAGAAUUGUGUGCAGGUAUUUGUGAUAAAGAUGCCAGUUGGGAACAAAUUGCUAAAGAAGAAGUAUUGGAAGAAUGUGGUUACAAUGUAAAUGUAGAAAAUUUACAAGAAAUAAUUCGAUUUCGAUCUGGUGUCGGUACAUCUGGCUCUGUAAUUGCUAUUUACUAUUGUCAAGUUAAAGAUGAGGAUAAAGUAAGCACAGGUGGUGGCGUUGAUGACGAAAUUAUUGAAGUUGUGGAAUUAACAGUACCGCAAAUUAAGAAAAUGCUUUAUGGAGAUAAAUUUAUCAAUAGUCCUGGCGCUUUUUUGUAUGGUCUACAAUGGUUCUUAUAUAAUCUUGAUAAAUAA